AUGAUCUUAACUACCUUCUUCUCUCUUCAACAUGCUUGGGGGUUUCUCGAGCAAGAACGGUCCAGCAUCCUUUUCGUUCCCUUCAACACCUCUACCGCCACAAACCAUGAUGGAUUGGAAAUCUGCUCUGCUGCAAGCCAAGCGCUUAUCAACCCUGUGCACAAAACCUAUCUCACUUUUUAUGCUGCAAUCUCCUACGAGCUGUUAGGCCGAGCUGCCCACAUCUACUCUACGAGAAAAAUAAAUCUUCUUCGUCUGGCCUUGGAGAACUUUGCCAAUUGCGGCUCUGCUCUCCCUCCCCUGGUGGGUUUGCCUCGGCUCCCCAAGAUCGCUGGCGAUCUAUCGGCUCCACCAUCUCCAACUAGUAUCGAUGAUUGUCUGGCUUCUUUUGAGCCUAUGGGCGGAGUACCUUCUGGUCGUGACUCCAUGGUGGAUAGCAUCACUCGGCUUAUCGACGCUUCGAUCUGUGGACUGGAUGAUCCUUUCUUGGACUCUUCUGAUGAAGCCAGCAAUGGUCUUCCUUCUCCUUCCCCAUCCCCACCGCGCUUCCCAGGUCCAAUAGAAACAUCGCCCGAGCAAGAUAUACUUGCGCCUUCCCCUCUUUCUAUUCGCAAGGUCUCAGAUCAGAAGGUCUCCUGGAAGGUGCCCCCCAAAAAUCCUGCCAGGCUUUCAUUCCAUGACAAUGAGAACGUUCCCAAAAAGAUCGCCAGGCUGUCGAUUGGUGGGGAUGAGAACGCUGGUCAGAGCAAGCGUGAUAGCAGAUACCGUCCUCCAAGACUGCCGCUGAAGGUUAUCCCAUCUUCCCAGCUCAACGCUAACCAGUCUGCUUUCCCCUCCCCUCAAACUGACCUCUCCAGCCCAGCUUGUAUCACGCCUCUUUUCUCACGCUCUGCUCCAAUGUUGCCCACCCCAGACACCACGCCGCAAGAGCAGGAAUCCAACAGAAAGACCAUCAGCACAGUCUCCAUUGACGACCUCACACCCGCCCGUGCAGCCCAGAUUGUCCGCUCCAACCGUGGAAUCGCUCUCCUCCGAGAGCAAAUCACUUCCAGCAUUUUUGAGAUUCGACAGCAAAUCCGAAAGGUCAAGGAGAUUCAGGAAGUUCACCGCACCCGCAGUGUCCAGCGUGCGUCUUCUUUCUGGACCUUCGAUCCAAUUCUAGAGGAGGAUAAAGAGAACGAGGCUUCUUUGGAUUCCGAGCCCAUCAUGGAUGAGUUUGGUCACAUUCUUGUCAAAGAGACUAUAUAUCAGCGCAUUAUUCGUCUCCGCAGUGAGGGGUGGGAUACAGUUGGAUUGCGGUCGCCGCGGAGCACGUGGAAGGGAGCACGAUAUUACCAAGAGCUAUGCACUAUGGUCAUGACUGAGCAGGACUUGGACUCGUGA